AUGAACAUUUCUUUGGAGACUAAAGUUCUCACCACUUCAUCUGAUCCAUUGCUAAACACAAUAUUUGAUAAUAAUCAGAUAAUCAUGAAAUUUAAACCCCACUAUAAUCAAGAAGAAAAGAUAGAGUUGAUACUGUUAAUAUGUAAAAAGCUGUUGACAAAACGUGCUAAGGCUAAAAGAUUAAUAAAAAAACAUAAAAAUAAUCCUGUCGAAUUAGCAUAUUUCUCAUCAAAAUCAAAUGUGUUAAAGGUACUGGCAAAUUCAACAUAUGGUGAAACGGGAUAUCUUUACUCUUCUUUCUACAGAAAAACAAUAGUAUCAUCGGUUACAGCAUUUUCAUGUGAAAUUUUAAAAAAAGUUAUCUCUUUCUUGGAAUUGCAACAAUGUUGUAUAAUUUAUGAUGAUACAGAUUCAGUUUUUUUUAUGAUACCCAAACAAUAUUUUUUCAAGAUAGGUCAAUCAUAUUCACAAAACAAACAGCUCUAUCACCAAAAAUCUAUAGAAAAAUCAAUCUCAUAUAUAAAACAAAUUAAAGACACAGUAAAUGAAUAUAUAUGCCAAGUAAAUGAUAGCUCAUAUAUAGAAAUAGU